CCCACCUUCCCAAAUACCCCUCAACACUCUCCAAUAUGCCUUCUGUCUUGUAGUUACUGCAUUUUCUUGAGAGAUUGUGAAAUCAUCUGCAGCCUUGUUCUAAUGGAGCUUUGCUAGGAGGGUGAAGGAAAAAGGAAGCAGAGUUCAAAAAUGAGCACUGCAAGAUUCAUCAAGUGUGUCACAGUUGGUGAUGGAGCUGUCGGAAAGACCUGCAUGCUCAUCUCUUAUACCAGCAAUACUUUCCCCACUGAUUAUGUGCCCACUGUGUUCGACAACUUUAGUGCUAAUGUUGUGGUUGAUGGUAGCACAGUCAACCUUGGACUAUGGGACACUGCUGGACAGGAGGAUUAUAACAGGCUGAGGCCUUUGAGCUACAGAGGUGCAGAUGUUUUCUUGCUGGCCUUCUCUCUCAUCAGCAAAGCCAGCUAUGAAAAUAUCUCCAAGAAGUGGAUUCCUGAGCUGAGGCAUUAUGCCCCAACUGUGCCAAUAGUGCUUGUAGGAACCAAACUUGAUCUACGGGACGACAAGCAGUAUUUGAUUAAUCAUCCUGGAGCUACACCAAUCACAACUGCCCAGGGUGAAGAACUCAAGAGGGCAAUUGGUGCUGCAGUAUACAUAGAGUGCAGCUCCAAGACUCAACAGAAUGUUAAGGCUGUGUUUGAUGGUGCAAUCAAGGUUGUUCUGCAGCCGCCAAAGCCGAAGAAAAGGCGACGCAAGCCGAGGCCCUGCACAUUCCUCUAAGUUCAUAUUUCCUCCCAGUCUUGCACUCCUAAAUGCCACCCUUUUGAACCUAUCAUGUUUUAUAUUCCCUUGCUUCUUCCUUUGUUUAUUUCUCAAUGUAUUGUGUUCCUAUGCUUCAUAUAUGGAAUUUAGGCAAAUAUGAAACUUUACAAAUGUAAUUUCUGUGAACAACACCAUGUAAGAUAACUUUAUUGUGCAUUGUUGCACCACUUGCUCUUUUGCUAGAUAUUAUUUGAAGUAAAGCUACAAUCGUACCAUGAUUGAAUGGUGGAAUAAAUCAGCCU